AUGUCACUCUUCAGUUCGCUGUGGGUGUGCUUUUUUAUCUUGUGUAAACAAGUCGUGACACACACCAUCACCGAUGAGAUAGAUGUGGUGGUAUUUUUGCCCCAAAAUGACACAUAUCUUUUUUCAUACGCGAGGGUCGCUCCGGCGAUCCGGUACGCGCAGAUGAAGCUGAAGACGACCGGAGCCCCGUACUCCGAUCUCCACUUCAACAUCCACUUCGAGAACUCCAAUUGCGUCAAUGACGCUGUCUUCAAUUUGGUGGACAGGUCGUGCGAGAAGAAGCCCGAUCUGAUUUUGGGUCCAGUCUGCGAAUACGAGGCGGCGCCAGUGGUGAGACUGGCUUCCCACUGGAAUAUUCCGGUGAUCUCAGCAGGUGCCCUGGCCACGAGUUUUAGCAACAAGACGACCGAAUACUCCCAUCUCACCCGCAUCGCACCAUCCUACGUAAAAAUGGCAGAGACCUUCAGCGCUAUGUUCAGGCACCUCGCAUGGAAGACGGCAGUGCUCCUCUAUGAAGACGACAAAGAGGAGCAGAACUGUUACUUCACUGUGGAGGGGAUUUAUCUGAUGACAGACCUAAGCAUGAAAACAUAUGCUUUAUCCCAUGAAGUCCCGCUGGACACUGACGACAUCAUCCAAAGCAUCUAUGACACUCAAGUGGUAAUCUUGUGUAUGGACGCCAAUAAAAUUCGAGAAAUUAUGCUUGCUGCACACCGGCGCCGAUUGACCAGUGGAACGCAUAUGUUUUUUAAUAUUGAACUCUUCAAUGCAUCCUCUUAUGGCAAUGGAUCAUGGUGGAGAGGAGACAAGUUUGAUAAUGAAGCAAGACAAGCCUAUGCAUAUUUGAACACUGUGACACUGCUUCGGACAGUCAAACCAGAGUUUGAAAACUUCUCCAUGGAAAUUAAAGCAGCCAGGGAAAGUAUGGGACUGCACAAUUGCAAAGACUGUGAAAGUGUCAACAUGUUUGUGGAGGGAUUCCAUGACGCGCUGCUGCUCUAUGCCAUUGCUUUAAAGGAAGCCAUGAAAAGUGGAUACAGUAAGAAAAAUGGAUUAGAAAUCACAUCAAGAAUGCGGAACAGAACCUUUGAAGGAAUCGCAGGCCAGGUGUCCAUGGACGACAAUGGUGACAGAAAUGGAGAUUUCUCUUUGAUGGCAAUGACCAAUGUUAAUGCAGGAACAUAUGAGGUUGUUGCCAAUUAUUUUGGUCUGAACAAGAGCUUUCAACUCCUGCCAGCCUUCAACUAUGAUCAUUUCACUCUGCAAGGAAUACAGAUAACGCAUACAGAAAUAUCAGACAAAUCAUGUGGACUAGGAAUGUCAGCUUUGACUGGAGUCAUAGUGGGAGCUCUUCUGGGAACUGCAAUGCUUACAGCCUUCUAUUUUUUCAGGAAAAAUUACAGAAUUACCAUUGAGCGUCGAGCACACAGUGAAGCAUGUAACACCAGGAAGCACCGCCAUUUACGAGAGGACUCCAUCAGAUCAAACUUAUCGGCUGCUUAG